GAGAAAAAGAAAAAAAAUUGUUGUAGUGGUUUUGUAUCUCUAGCUAAUCAUUUCUUUUGCAACAUACCAAAAUGGUCCUCUUUAGCCAAGAACAAUUGAUGGGACUUCUUAACUCGUUCAACCCCGUGAUUCUUAUUUACAUCUUCUCCAAGUUCAUAUUCACGGCAAGCUAUCGCAUUCUUUCUCGUAUGGGAGUGGCAUUUGUCUUAGUCUUUGUGUCCUUGUACAAUUUCAUGGACUACGCUGUAGUGGCUCUUUUCAUCACAUACUUCACCGAUACAAUUGAUUAUCAUAUCAUAAAAGCUGCAAGAUUGACGAACAUUCUGAAGGGACUAUCAAAGUGUCUGAAAAUUAUUGCGGUUUACAUUUCAGAAUCCCUCCUAGGUCGUAUAAAAGUUAUCUUUUUUUCAACUAUUUGCUUCACUUUGGGAUUGGGUCUCUUAUAUAGAUCGACAGUUAAGUACUCUGACUUAUCCGUGAUAAUUGGAAUAUUAUUCUUAGCAGUGGGUAAAGCUGGAUUGGAGGCACCAUUAAAACCAUUUCUUUGUUAUCAAUUAAAAGUUGACGAACCGGAAACAAACCCUGAUGAGAGUCAAGUGAGCACUCGAAAAAGUGUGUGGAAAAGGGUGUGGAGUUGGGUGUGGGGCCUUGUUAUCGAGCUUUCUCCUGCAGUAGUUAAACUGGUAAAAAAGGAUGUUGAGAGUCUAGUAAGGAGUCGAAAAAGUGUGUGGAAAAGGGUUUGGAUUAGGGCGGGGUUACUUGUUAUCAUGUUUUCUCCUGCAGUAGUUGCAUCAAUAUUGAUAUUUUUUCUUAAAUGGCAAAAAAUUUUAUUGAUCGCAACAUCGUUGACAGGAAGUGCUUGCUUCUUGUUUUGCUGUUGUAUUUGUCUCUACCAUCCUAGAGAAUUGGCUAGUGUUGGCAGCUAUUUUAGUGUAAUUUUUCAUGUUAUCAAGGCCUUAGUAUUGAAAAUUAGGAUUCUUGGGUAUCCUACUUCUUCCAAUCAUCCCGUCGAUAAAGACAAUGAUAAUGAUGAAUAUCAAUUUCAAUUUUUGUCAUUUCAUAUGGCACAAGUCCAGUUAAAGCUAGUAAAAAAGUGUUUUGUAAGUAUGAUUCCCAUGUGGACUACUAUUCUUGUGGUUGGUUUGGUAUUAUCUACCGGCAAUGCCUUUUUUCCUGAGCAGGGGAAGAACAUGAAGUCCUCAGAGUUUUCAGUCUCCUUAUGUAUACUUAAAGAUCUUUCACUUGGAAUUGGCUCCUAUCUGUUAAAAUUAUUGAUCAGCACAAAAUGGAUACCAGAAGGUAGAAAGAACACGAUUAUACAAGCUGGAAUUUGUGGUGGAAUUGUUUCAUCUAUACUUUGCUUUGCUGUUGGAUGGCAGGUUGAGCAUCGUAGGGCGACAAUAAUUCGAAAUUAAGGGAUUAUCAGACAUUGAUUUUGAUUAUAAUGAUGAAACUAUACCCAUGAGUAUAUUCUGGUUUUCUCCUCAGUUCUUUCUGCUAGGUCUAACGGAAGGGCUUGUUACAAUUGGACUCGAUGAAUUCACCAUUGAACAGUUUCAGGAUCCAUCGAAGAAGUAUGUAUCCGAAAUUAAUGAGUUCGUUAUUGGACUUGGAAAUUUCCUUAGCAUCCUUUUUAUUGAAGCAAACAAAAGCUUGUUUGGUGACACCUUGGACAAUAGUCAGCUGGACAAGUACUACUACAGGCUAACAAUUGUUAGUUCUAUCAAUAUGCUUAUAUACUUUGUCGUUAUAUAUUUAUUCUAUGGACCCAGACGCCGGGUUAUCCCGAAUGCAGCCCAGCUCGAGAGUUUGGAAGAAGGAAGAGAGUCAAUUUCAUCCGCCCCUCCUAUGGGAGGUGAAAGUACGGAGAGCAACAUCGAUAGAUGGGGACUAAUAGAAGCAGUGCUGCGGUUCAGACGCAGUUUACGGAGGCAGCAAGGCUAUGCUGAAGUAAAUGACUUGCGAUUGUGAAAUCCCCUUCUAGUUGUGGUGGCGCGUGAUAUGUAAUUGAAAUUAAUAUUUAUUGUGUGUGUCGUUGGAUUGAUUUGUUAAGGAUUCUGAUGCCUCCGAUCACGACGUCUUGUCAAUGGGUGUUAAGCAGAGGUACUGUGAGAAAUUAGUGAAAAACAGAGGAGUUUAAAGAAGCCGGGGUCUUGUUUGUAAUGAUUGUAUAAGCUGCAUGUACUAAGUGUAAUUUCAGAAUCUAAAAGCACUGCCGUUUCAAUUGGCUAUAUAAGUGCUAAUGCACUGUAG